GCGCUACGUGCUGAGUUACCCAUCCCUAGUUAUUAUGCAACUCAGCUGUCAAAUUUGACAAAAUUGCGCUCCGGGAAAAAAUUUCCAAUUUCUUUUUAGCUGAGAUAUAAAGACGACUUAGGAUGUCGGCUACAGCUAAUGCCACGAAGAAGCAGGAUAUGCCUCCACCGGGCGGCUACAAGAAAAUCCCAUUCCUCCGGGUGCCAGCAAAGAGCUAUUUCACAGGAUUUCAAAUGAUUGGCGGCUAUGCUGUUGUCACGACCGUCGGUUUGUACAUAUACUACCUGACGGCUAAAAAAGUGCAGCGCGAGGAGAUUGAAAUGCGUUCAGCUCAAAACGUCAUAUUUCCUUUGCUUCUUGCGGAACGUGAUCGAGAAUACCUUAAACAGUUGCGUCGCAAUCGGGACGAAGAAGCUAAAUUGAUGGCUAACGUUCCUGGCUGGGAGGUUGGCACCUGGUACGGCGAGCCCAUAUACAAGACCUUGCCAAAAGACACUCUCGUCACUCCUUUGUUCAAGGAAUUCUAUGCACACGCCAACUACGAAUCGUAUGCCAAACGCGCUCAUCUGAAGUUGUGGUCAUAAGCAAUUUCAUAUUUCGAUUUCUUUUUCAACUUCGUGGAAAAAUUAAAACAAAUCGUCGCAUUAGGAAUGCAUUAGUAGAUAAAUAAAAAACUAAAAAUAUUCAAGUAAACCGAGGACGUAGUCCCAAGUAUGCAGGAUACUACUUCCCCUCUUCGGAUGCAUUCAACCAUCUCCAAUUAUCCAAAUGGCGUAUUUACAACUUCAUCUAUCAAACGAAAUAAACAAGUUACAAGUAAUA